AUGCACCAGAUCCUCGACCACGGAAUCGAUAGUAGGCUUUCAGGUUUCAACAGGCGGUUUCAGCAAAGGCGAGUAGCAUGGGUCACUUCCUGUGAUACGCUUAGCGUCGGAUGGCAACUUGUACGCUACGGUGGCUUAAAGGUGCAUUACACGCCACAGCUGCCAAUCUUCAAAAGACUUACCAUCGAUCUGGCAUGUCUUGAGCUGUCCGUCAGAUUUGGCCUUCUGAAAUUUAUACGUUAUUCUUCGGCCACUUUUCAAAUUCAUCUUCUACAAAAGAUCGGAAUUAUCAUUCACACCGUUGAAAUCAUCACGCCGAUUAGCCUUGGAACUCCCAGGAAAAGUCACCCAUCUACGCAAGAACCCGCAGCCCUGGUUUCGGACAUUGCCGAUCUGCCCGAUGCCAUCGAAAGCCAUGGCUCAUCAGAUGGUCACGGUACUCAGACAGAUGUUGCAGACUUUUCUGAAUCCGAUAUUCAUUUUGUCGAAGUUGUAGAAUUGACUGACACUCUUCGCAUUGAAGAAUUACUAAGUCUUCACUUUCACGCUGACCGUGGUAUUCCUGCAUGGGAUCCUCAGGAUAGGCUUGACCGGGUGACGUGGUGGCAUGAGAACGGCUAUUCUCGAGCUAAGGAGGCAAUUUCGAAAGUAAAGGCCUUGGAGAUUUGGGACAACCAAUUCGAUGGUCGUAGAAUUAGGGUGCCAUCAUUAGAGUCCAUCAGAAAAUCUGAGUUGCCUGAGCUUAUACCCACAGUGAAAUUUGUUUUCAAGUUUCCAGGGACGUUCAUACCAGGGAUUACUGUUGACGAUGCUAGGAUACUCCAGGGAAAACGGUAUGAUGAUUGUUAUGCCGGGGCAUGCUUCCCAGGAGACCUAUCAGAUGAUGACCUCUAA